UCAGGAGUGUGAGUGCAGCGACCUGCCCACUGUGGUCACACCACUGCCUCCACCUUCAGCCCCAGUAUUGGUCACAUUCUGGUUUUAUAAAGGAGAAGAGCUGCAGUGCUGGCCUCAGUCUCAGGCUGGUUCCUCCACUGAUCCUCCCUGACAGGACAGUGGCCUCGUUUGUGAUGAUGGCAGAGCGCUAUGACUGCACGCAGUGUGAGGAGUCCCUGUAUGGACAGAAGUACAUCCUGAGGGAGGAGAAACCGUACUGCAUUAAGUGCUACGAGAAGCUUUUCUCCCACAACUGUGAGGUGUGCCAGGAGCUCAUUGGCUGCACCAGCAAGGAUCUGUCCUACAAGGACCGCCACUGGCACAGCGAAUGCUUCCUCUGCACCAAAUGCAGUCGAUCUCUGGUUGAUCGUCCCUUUGCCACCAAGGAUGACGUGGUGAUGUGCACCGAGUGUUACAGUAACGAGUACUCUGCCAAGUGCCAUGCGUGCCUCAAGACCAUUAUGCCAGGCUCUAAAAAGAUGGAGCAUAAGGGCAACAGUUGGCACGAGAAUUGCUUCACCUGCAACCGUUGCCAGCAGCCCAUUGGCACCAGGAGCUUUGUGCAGAAGGAUGGCAACAACUACUGCCUGUCCUGCUAUGAGAAGCAGUUUGCUCUGCAGUGUGUCUACUGCAAAAAGCCCAUCACCACUGGAGGAGUGAACUACCGCGACCAGCCCUGGCACAAGGAGUGCUUUGUCUGCAUCGGGUGCAAGCAGCAGCUGGCCGGCCAGCGGUUCACCUCCCGCGAUGACUUUGCCUACUGCCUCGACUGCUUCUGCAACCUGUUUGCCAAAAAAUGUGCUUAUUGCACCACCCCGAUCAGUGGUCUGGGUGGAAGCAAGUACAUCUCCUUUGAGCAGCGCCAGUGGCACAACGACUGUUUCAACUGCAAGAAGUGCUGCGUGUCUCUGGUCGGCCGAGGUUUCUUGACGUGCAAAGAUGACAUUCUCUGCCCCGACUGUGGCAAAGACGUCUGAGAAACCUGGCAGUGCUCCCCCUAAACCCAACAAUCAUCACAUAUGAUUUCCUUCACAGAGUAGCCUGCUGUUACAGCUGAUGUGUUUUCUGCAUAGCCUGAUAACAAUGUUUCUCUCUAAAUAAGUUGAGACCAUUGUUGUUGUUGUUGAGCAAUGUGUUGCUUUCUUAGAAACCUUUUAGAGAGCAAAACUUUCAUUCCUGCCUCCACUUCAGGGAUUCUGAAACAAAUUCUAAAUUUUAAAAUAUAAAACAAAAGCCUUUGUGUGAAAUCUAAAUAGUCACUUUCGUGAAAUAUAAGACAAAAGUGCAUGUAAGGUUGUCUUAAUUAACCAGUGUCACUGUGAUGAACGUAAUCCUGCUAAUACAGCUUGUUUGUUUACCUAAAGUCUGUUCAAUAAAAUAAUCUCAAUAAAUACUUUA